AUGAAUAUUAAUGAAGAAAAAGUGUCGAGUGAAAGUAGUGUAACUUCUUCAAGUGAUAGCAGUGUGGACAACUCCAAGAGGAUCAAGUCAAAAAUGAAGGACACAAGUGGGAACAAGCCAAAGAUGAAAAAUGUUGAAGACGAUAAUAAUAUGGAGACGUAGAUGUGCCAGAUGAUAUAUAAAUAUAAAUGUGAUAAUAUUGUUGUUGUAUUUUUUUUUGUAAUGUUGUAUGUAUUUUUUGUUCC